AUGCCAAUUUCACCUACGGUUACGGGCUUCAGCACCGUAGGAAAUUGGCCAGAUGCAUCGGUUGGUCUUCUAAGUGACUGUGGGGCUCCACCGUCCACAGAUAUGGACGCAGACCUAGCUUUCUGGACAUCCUUAGCAGGUUGGGAUGACUCAGAACUGGAAUUGCCUCCGUUCGAGCCAGGUCCACCUUACCACCUGGCGCCAAAUCCAACCCCUUUGAAUAACAGAACUGUUGACGUUUACGAUUUACGAAUGCCGACGGAGGUCGUUCAUGAACUGAUCGAUCUGUUCUUCGAGCGCAUCCAGUGUUUCCUACCACUUUUUCACCAGCCGAGAUUCCUCCAUAGAUUCAAAAGCCUGACUGAUGAGACUUCGGGCUAUUCGAUCCUGAAAAAAGAAGACGCUUUCAUUCUGAAUGGUGUCAUGGCGAUGUCUUCCCGGUUCUCUAACUCACCGUUCUUCGACAACAUGGCACCGUGCACAAGGGGUCAAAUCUUUGCUGCAAAGGCACGCGCUCUCUACGAUGUAGCUUUCUCCCACGACUCUCGCUGGCAGCCGUCGUUAGCACUACUUCAGGGCUGUAUUCUAUUGUCAUUUCAUGAACAAACAAAUCGGCCCUCGACGAGCUCCUGGUUUCUCAUCGGUUCAUCCGUCCGGCUCGCGUUGGAGCUAGGCUUGAACAAUAUUGACGCUGAAAAGGACGAGUUACAAGUCGCGCAAAGGACUCCUGACGAGUGGGUAGUCACGGAAGAAAAAAGGCGCGCCUGGUGGGCUGUCUGGGAGCUGGAUGUCUUCUCUUCCACAAUUUUGAGACGCCCUUAUUGCGUCGAUAAGGAGCACAUGGCCGUCUUGCUACCGAUCCCUGAUACCGAAUGGUUUGCCGACACCCCCGUUCCUUCCACAAUGAUCAACACCAACACAGCACAGAUCUGGGACACACUACACGACCAUCUGCAUCUCGGUGCUCGAGCUUGGUUUCUCGUGUCCACUUUUCUAAUGGCCAGAGCAAAUGAUUUCCUCUUACACACGGAUACAACGUUAGAGGAAAUAAACACGUUCGAAGCAACUCUCAAACUUUUCAUGCUCUUGCUGCCACCGGAGUACGACCUGACUCCGGCGGGGUUUCCCUUCAACGAGAGAAACUUUGCCUCUUAUAAUUGGAUUAUCUCCAUGAUCGUGAUGCUACAUACGUAUGUCGAGACUCGCCGUACCAUCGCGCACUACAAAACAUAA